ACACCUGAAAAAAUGUUUGCCUCGUAUGUUUCUGUGAAUCACAGAUACAUUACAUUUGAACAUUAUUAUGUAACAUACAUUUAAACUUUAUGUUUCUUUACAUUUCAACAACAAUGUGGUUAGGUUUAUGCACAAAACACACUUUGUUAGGGUUAGGAAAAGAUUGUAUUUGGGCUUGAAAACUAUGGAUGGGUGGCACAGUUGUGGGUGGAGAAGUCAUGGAUGCAUCUGUAAAAAACAACUGCUUAUUGUGGCACUACUUCAGCAGGAAAAGUGGUGACGUCUGGGUAAAAAAACAACCCCUUUUCAUGGCACUAUCCCUCGUAAAAAUAGUGAAGUCUUCGUAAAAAAAACAACUUCUGGUGACUGAGGUUUCAGUAGCAAGUUCUACCAGAUGUGAGAGGUAUCAGGAGGUAUUUCCAUUAAUCUGCUUAUAUUUCACAGACAAUUUGCACAUGAAUUCACUACCCAUAGAAACCAGCAAAUUGGUGACGCUCUCUGAUUUUACAUUAAAUUCACUGAAUGGGAUUUAAAUAAAUUAAAUCCCCCGGGCUGAAUGGUGAACAAGUCCACUCUGCCUCACAUCAAUCAGGGAGGGUGAUAAGCUCAGACAAGCAAAAAAGCUGAGAUAGAAGCUGGACUUUGUUCUUCCACAUAUGAGGCUAUCCCUAUGUCUGGAUCAAAGUUCAGGUCAUGCAGACAGUUCAGCGUUGCCUCUGUGAGUGUGCGUGUUUCCUCUCAGUCUCUGGGAUCUAACUGUUCAUACUGAGCUGUUUGAGCUACAAAAUGACCCGUUGGGCCUUUAUCGCUCCUCUGCUGCUCCUGCUGGGCCUGUUCAUCCACAGUGCUGUCAGUCAGGAGGCUGAGGACCCAGCUGCGACUGUAACACCACUGGCACCGGACCAGGCCUCUGAUGGCACGGAGGAUGACAGUGGGGACUGGGGAAUGAACUCCCUCAGAGGCAGCUUUGAGUCAGUGAGCAGCUACUUUGACUCGAUGCUGGAGUUCAUGGGAGGACGUGAUGGAGUGUGCCAAUACCGCUGUCGAUAUGGUAAAGCUCCUCUUCCUCGGCCUGGAUACCAGAUGCCAGAACCUGAUGGAUGUAGCUCCUACUUCUUUGGUAUUCCUAUUCCAGAGGGGAUGGACAUGGGCAUCCCCGCCAUGACCAAGUGCUGCAAUCAGCUGGACAUGUGUUACGACACCUGCGGCUCCAAUAAGUACCGCUGCGACUCCAAGUUCCGCUGGUGCCUCCACAGCAUCUGCUCCGACCUCAAGAAGAGCCUGGGCUUCGUGUCAAAGGUUGAAGCGUGUGAAACAGUAGCAGACACCCUGUUCAACACAGUGUGGACUCUGGGCUGCAGACCCUACAUGAACGCCCAGAGAGCAGCGUGCUACUGUCAAGGAGAGGAGAAAGAUGAACUUUAGCUCCCGU